GAGGCUCGGAGGAGCGGGGCGGGGGCGCAGUCCCGGGUCCGACCGGCCGAGCCCCGCGCGCGCCCCGCCCGCGCCCUGCGUCUCCGCCCGGCCGGCCGGCGGGGGAGGGGGCAUGAGCCGGCGCCCGCGCGCCGCCGGGAGCUGCGGGCCGGCCUAGAGCCCCGCGCGGGCCCCGCGCCCCACCGAGCCGCCGCCGAGCCCCGGGCGCCGGGAUGCAGCGGCCUGGGGAGUCCGGCGCCGCGCGCUUCGGCCCGCCCGAAGGCUGCGCAGAUCACCGGCCGCACCGCUAUCGCAGCUUUAUGAUCGAAGAGAUACUGACGGAGCCGCCAGGGCCCAAGGGCGCCGCGCCCGCCGCCGCUGCCGCCGCUGGCGAGCUGCUCAAGUUCGGUGUGCAGGCGCUGCUGGCGGCACGGCCCUUCCACAGUCACCUGGCGGUGCUGAAGGCGGAGCAAGCGGCAGUGUUCAAGUUCCCGCUGGCGCCGCUGGGCUGCUCCGGGCUGGGCUCGGCGCUGCUGGCCGCUGGGCCAGGUUUGCCCGGCGCCGGGGGUGCGCCGCACCUGCCGCUGGAGCUGCAGCUCCGCGGGAAGCUGGAGGCGGCCGGGCCAGGGGAGCCGGGCACCAAGGCCAAGAAAGGGCGCCGCAGCCGCACUGUGUUCACCGAGCUGCAGCUGAUGGGCCUGGAGAAGCGCUUCGAGAAGCAGAAGUACCUCUCCACACCCGACAGAAUAGAUCUGGCCGAGUCGCUGGGCCUGAGCCAGUUGCAGGUGAAAACGUGGUACCAGAAUCGAAGGAUGAAAUGGAAGAAGAUAGUGCUACAGGGUGGCGGCCUGGAGUCCCCCACCAAACCCAAGGGGCGGCCCAAGAAGAACUCGAUUCCGACGAGCGAACAGCUCACGGAGCAGGAACGCGCCAAGGAAGCGGAGAAGCCGGCAGACGCGCCGGGAGAGGCCAGCGACCGGAACCGUGAGGCCUGAGUGUGGCAACGGCUGCGGGGCCUGGGACUCACGCACCGCUCCCGGCCAGGCAGCCCGUGGGAAACCACGAGCUGGUCCUUCUCCUUCCAUGCCGUUUGCUUUCUAAACGUUUCAUUAUUACUUUGAAAGAAGACAAUUAGGGGCCGAACCAGCAAGGACACAGACCCUGCAAAGUAAACCCAGGCCCCAGUGUUCUCCUGGAGGCCUGGGAGACUGGCCUCCAGCGCGGUGGCAGCUCCUCUUCGGCUCUGCAGUCCCGCGGUGCCGGGCGUUGCACGCGCUCUCACGCCCAGCUCCUCGCCCACACCCCCACCCCGCCUCGGACCGGCGCUCCGGGCCUGGGCGCUGCCAGGCACACACCCGCUUCCUCGCGUCGGGGACUCGGCGGCCGGGCGCAGGCCCCCGCGGCCGGACACAGCACCAGGACUACUCGGCCUCGAGGCCGGGUCCCCGCGAUCGUUGGGGCCCCUACCCACCUCUG